GGUUCUCUGCGGCGCGGCGCCGCGGAAGCCGACGAGGCCACGAGGCACAACUCACAGUUGCACGUGAUGCUAGCGUUCUGCUACACGGGGCAGUGGGACAUGGCCCAGGCGUGCCGAGAGCUCGCCCGGGCGGUGCGGGCGAACGAGCUCAGCCCGGACGACAUCAACGAGUCGCACCUCGCCGGCAAGAUCGCGACCAGCCCCGCCGGCGAGUUCUCCGACAUCGACUUGGUCAUCAGGACCGGCGGCGACUUGCUGCUGAGCAACUUCCCGCUGUGGCAGGUGGCGUACGCGGAGUUUUUCUUCACCGACAAGAAGUGGCCCGACUUUGGGGCGGCUGACUACCUUGAAGCCUUGCGCUCCUUCCAGAGCAGAGAUCGGCGGUUCGGUCUCUAGCUAGCUCCAUGAUGCAAACAAGAGUACCAUCGCAAGGGCAUGUUUAAGUCGUUCAAAUAAUAAUCAGAGAGGAGUCGUGGUUAUGACUACAGAUCAUGUCUACCAAGGUGAUUAUCUUGACUAGAAGACUAAUCAUCGACUAACUGUGACUAGUCUGUUUGGUUAAACACGCCAUGGUGUGUUUCGUGGCACCAGCGUCACUGCUAGAAAAUCUCUCAUUAGUAUUGGUCGGG